UGCAUUUUCCAAAAACUUGAUCCAUAUUAUAACUCACAGUUAAGCAAAUGUGGGGAGAGAAUACCUCGCUGCCUGCUCUGUUGGAUUCCAUUCAGCAGUAUUUACUUGAAGAUGAUUUUGAAACGCUAACAGCUCUCUCUCCACUAAAUUUCUCCGACGAUUCAAUCUUUGCUUCUCUCCUUUCCGAUGAUGUGUCCUACAGUGUUGAAGAUCUGCUGGACAUUACCUCUUAUAGUCAUGAAAUCAACAAUGACUGGACUCCGGUAUGUCAGUUAGAUUCAACGCUUGCAGAUACAACAAUGUCGAUUGUUGAAUUAGAAUCUCAGCAAUCGAUCGCUAGUUCAGAACAAGUUGCAGUGAUGAGUAACAGAAAUGCAUCCUCUAAAGGAUGGCAAUAUAAGGGUGUAAGGAGGAGACCGUGGGGGAAAUACGCGGCCGAGAUUAGAGAUCCGAAGAAAAAUGGAGCGAGAAUUUGGCUUGGUACCUACGAGACUCCCGAAGAUGCGGCCCUAGCUUAUGAUCGAGCCGCUUUUAAAAUGCGUGGCUCGAAAGCUAAGUUAAACUUCCCUCAUUUGAUAGGAUCAAGUGACUAUGAGCCAGUUAGAGUGACUAACAAGCGAUGUUCGCCGGAGAGUUCCUCUUCACCAUCAAGUUCGUCGUCGUUAUCGUGGGAAUUAGACGAUUCUUCUCCAGCACCAAAGCGGAGAAUGAAAUGAAGGAUUUGAAUCAUCCGAUGAUAACUUGUACAUGCCAUUUUAUUAAGCAAUGAAUUGAAAAGCAAUUAAUUUGUUUUUCUAAAAUUACAUAUAAAAUUCAUUCAAAUUAAAUUCGUACAUUAAAUUUUCGUUUUAAUAUUGUAACAUUUUUUUAGA